AUGGGUGCAGAACAUGGGAAGAAGUCAGAUACACAAAUUCAAAGAAUUGAGAAGCUGUAUCAGCUCUCAAAAGAGUCAAACCUUCCGCUCAGUGAAAUUGAGGAGUUUAUCAAUCUUAGUGAGGAAGAAACACUGCCCAAGUUCAUUGCAAUAGCACACUUGAAUGCUGCCAAAUUUUAUAAUUCAAAAAAGGAAAUGCACAAAGUCAGAGAGCAUGCAGAGAAAGCAAAAGUGAUGUCAGAAAUGAGCAAUGAAUUCAAAAGGCUCAGUCAUGCUGUCAAUGAUUUAGAAACACUUCUUAGAGAUCCUGAAAAGCAUAGCUCCUAUGGAAUCUGAAAUAAACAAAAUGAAUAUAUAAAUAGAGCCCCCCCACCACAAAAAAGAGUUCCCCCUACCUUCCAAAAUAUAAAUAUAUAGAAAAACAGAAAAAUAAAAACCAGUGUUGAUCAGUAAACAACUAUAAAAAAAUGGGUUUGGUUAAAGAAAUCAUGGUUAUUAUAGAAACUAGUUUUAGGGUUUUAAGAAAUCUGUGUUCCACAAGAAUUUUCAUGAAACAGCUGUACUAGUUGUAGUAUGCAGUUAUAUUAUCCAUUUAUUUAUGAGAUCCUUCAUAGUUUGAGUAGCAUAUAAGGAGGAAAGUAACAAGCAUCACAACUUCUGCUCUCAACAAGAGAGAGUGAUCUUGAGCCAUUGUGCUCUUAAGCAAAGGUUAAGGAGGAGGGGAAAUACACUUUGAAUAGUCACAUAUGUCAUCAGUAUCAUCUACAAAAUUCCCAUUCACUGUCUGUACAUAAAUCAAUCAUUUUAAACACAUAAAACAUAUAAAACAUCACUUAUAUAAAAAUUCUAUUCAAAUAGUCUGCUGAAUCCACAUUGAUCUAGGUUUGAUAAGACA